CUCACAGGUACAGGUGCAAGUACACCAAGAUGCUCACUUUCCUCCCAGUGUUUGCCAUAUCGGUUCUUGCGAGUCAAUUGGGAGCUCGCCAGUCCCUCCCCACAGGCCCGCAUGGGACUCCUGGAGUACUCAUCCAGCCCGCCGAGGGGCAAGUGUUCGCCAACCCCGGGCCGAUGACCAUCAAGUAUCGAACGACGUCGGGCGGAGGGUACGUGACGCAGUCUAUCCAAGUGAACGUCCAGAAUCCGGGCCCGAUCGGUGGUGGGCCUGAGGCGAAUAUGUUGAACGGGUUGCAAUCCUUGAACGCGGGGACGGACGAGUACAUCGAAGCGCUGAUCGCGACGCCAGCCACAUUCUGCGGUGACCAAGUGAUCCUCGUAUUCGAGACCCAAGUCACGCCGAAUGGCACGCUAGUCCAGUUCCUCUCCGCCAGCCCUACAGUGCACUUUUCCUGCUGGGGCGGGGACUACCCUCCUCCCCCGACCUCCCACUCCGGACCGCAGGGGACGCUCCUCUCCCCAUCGGCUAAUACCGUAUACGCGAACACCGACGGCGCUGGCGUGCAUAUCCAUUUCCAGUACGAGCGUUCCCUGCAGUUGGACGCUGUCACUGUAUCCCUGGCGUUGGAGCUCGCACAGUCUUUUGUAUCGUAUACACUCGCUUCGGCGCUCGGACCCACCGGGGGGGUGUUGGACGGGACGAUAGAGCAGUAUUUUGCCGCGCCGGGGGAAUGCUUGUGUGGCACGUUUGAUCUGGUGAUAGACGAGACGCAGCUCUAUCAGGGCGGGUUGAUCACUUUCCAGACAUAUAGCGUCCCGCUGCAAUUUGACUGUCCGCCAGAGGUGGUCGCUUUCUGUUCGGGCUGAGGGGCGGUGGACGAACAACGGCGGAUGAAGGAGGGUGGGUGGAUCAGGGAAGGAGAGGAGGAUAACUUGAAGUCGGGUGGACGGACUAUUUUCGGACUAUGCAGUUAUUGUCAGAGCUUGCAAUUGUUGUUUGUUGGUUGAUCAGAUGUUUAAUGAACGCACUUACGAGUC